UUGUGUUCAUCAUUUAUAAAGGUUUGUAAAAACAUGAGAGUAAAUGAUGACAGAUUUUUUUUAGUUUUGGCCUGGUAAACUAUCCCUUUAAGCUACAUGAAUAUAAAGCUUUGUUUACUUUUUUGUUAUGUACUGUAUAUAAAUUGCACUUGGGCGUUUUUACGUGUGUGUGUCCCAUGACUUGUAGGUUUAUUCAUAGCUGUAUAAUGUGUCACUGGUUUUCUGGGCUUCAGGCCAGCAGGUAAAUAUGCAUAUGAGAGAGAGAGAGGGUACACAGUGUUGGGGGGCUUGGGUGUGUAACAAAGUAUAAAUAUUUCACCUCCUUCUCUAGUUCCCUUUUGUUCCUAAUCUUAGCUGCUCGAUGGCCAACCCCUUUAAUCCACAGCAGAACGAAUGAAAGCCAGAGAGAGAAAGAAGACGUCAGAGAGAUAAAAGCUUUAAAAGCCCUCUAUAGAGUUUCCAGAAUAUAAAAGAGGAUAAAUGCUAUUUUUAUUCUGAUUAUUUUUUUUAAAUCUGAUUAAUAUUGUUAUAAGAGAAAUUGGAUUAAAUUGGUGUGAAAAGUGGUAAUGCAAUAUGAAAAGUUUUCUGUGAAAAGAUGAAUGGAUUGAAGACUAAUGUAAGUAUGGAAUAACUCUUGAGCUAUCCUACAUUAGCAAUGAUAAUGAAUUGUCUGAAUGUUGUGCAGUUAAUCUUACUAUAACUGGUUACUGAGGUCAUGUAUUUAAAUCCAGGGGAAUUCAUAAACUGUCUUGGAGAACAGCUUCGGUGAUGUAAAAGUGCUAAUUUAAAAUGAUGUUGGGUGCACUGUGUUCUGAUUCAUGGUUAGAGAUGUCACAUUUCUGGGGAGCUUGUUAAAGACGACACAUCAGAAGAACCACAAGAUGCCUCAAAAACGAAAGAAUAAAGAUGCUGAAGUUGAGAAGGGCAGUGGAAGGAUGAUGUCAAGAGAUAGGCUUCCUCUGAUUGGUUCAUCAGGCGGCAGAAAUGCAGCUAGGCCUGUUCCAUCCACUCCUCAGGUUGGGGCAAGAAAACGCAGCCGUCCCCCUAUGUCCACUGCUGCCCUCCCUGAUGGCAUGGCAUCCUGGGAAGGCUCCUCCCACUCCGAGUCCUCCUUUGCCAGUUUCCCUCCUUCACUUUCACCCCUACCCCCUGCCCACUCUAAAAAGCCAAUCUUAGUGCCCGAGCUCCACCCCCCACCACCCCCUUCUCAAAUCAAAAAUACUUUGGCAGAGAAUGAGCAGGGUGUCAUGAUAAAACGUAAGCCUCUUCCACCAAGACACCCACCCAGACCUCCACGUUUACCCCCUUUAAGGCAAAUCACAAAUCUUAGCUUCUCUCGUAGCUUCACGUUUUCAUUUUUUGAGCUGCCGGUUCAUCAGUCUGCACAGAGCAGAGCGGAGAGACUCAAAGAUCUUACCGUUCAUAUGAAGCAGCUUCAGUACUAAUGUUGUCCAGUACUGAGGAAAAACACGGUAAAUUAAAUUUGGUUGAUUAUAUUUUCUGAAAUACAUGGUAAAAAUUCACUGUACUGUACUGUACUGUAAAUUGAACCCAAGGGUAAAUGUAUGGGGUUUUUUUUGGAUCUUGGAUUCAGUUUUUGCUUUCCUGUUUGAAGUGCUGUUAUGCGAGUAUGUAAAACUUUUUUUAGAGGUAAAGUCCCAGUCAGGGUCUCUCCCUCCCUACUUCUCUAUGGUAACAUAAAUAAAUGUGCAAUGCCCUGCUGUGUUUUAUACAACAAAAAGGAAACACAUCAGGCUUUAAAAUAUUGUUUGAUAUUAGAUUCAUGAAAAUUAAAUGUUACAUGUGUAUAUAUAGGGAAUGUGUGGGUUUGUGUUUGUACAGAGCUAUUUUAUUGGUUACACAUUGGUAAGUUAUCCAGUAGAGCACAAAGUUGGGAAGAGUAAUGUUGAUUUGUAUAUUUGGUGGAUUGUUGUAAAUGUUAUAUGAGUCCAUGCUAUAAAAUGUUUCCUUUAAAGCCCCCCUAUCCUAGAAAAUGCACUUUUAAAUGUGUUUCAAGCUGAAAAUGAGUUGCCAGUGUGUGUGCAGAAACAUCUUUUAAUUAUACAAAUCCAUCUUUGUGUAGUCUCCUUUUAACCACAAAAGUCAAACAAAACAGGCUGUUGGGGAUCCCCUGUCAAUGUGAUGUCACAUUGUUACACCCCACCCAUGACCACUCACAGACUCCACCUUAUGAGCAUCUAGUUAAAAAAAUGAUUCAAGCCCUUCUUAGAAAUGAUUAAAAUUGUGUUCAAUUAAUUUAAAAUACCUCAUUAAGAGCAAUAAGUAUAUAUAUUUAAUUAGUCUAACACAAAAUGAAUAUGUACUAUAAUUUAUUGAUUUCUUUUUAAUUGCGUUAACACAAUUAGUUUGAGUUUGGGUUCUGGGAAAAUAAUUUCCCAGCAUGCUUUGGAGAGUAAUUUUUUUAAUUAAGUGUUAUUUUAAGUAAAGAGAAAGACUUAAUAGUGUUUAAUGUCUGUUUAUCUUAUUGAUUUAGAAGUGUUUGUGUUAUAUUUUUUCAAAUUGUUUGGUUACCAUCUAGUAGAAGAGUGGCGCUUGUGGUUAGGUUGUGGAUGUGACGUAUUUCUCUCAAUGAGCACUAACUGUGUUAAUGCCUUUUUGGAGAUCAGUCUCUUCCCAAAUGCUCAUCCAAAGUAUCAUAUGUUAUUAUUAGCAUGCUAAUAUGUGCUUAUGCUAAUUAGUAUGACAUAAAAACGUUUUAUAUUAAAUAACAGAAUUGAGUUAUUCAGACUACACUACAUUGAGUUAUUCAAACUACGCUAAAUUGAGUUAUUCAGACUACACUAAAUUGAGUUGAGGCAUCUAAUUGAGUAUUGCCAUUUACUUUAAAUUGAGUUGGACUAACUCAAUAUAUUUUUAUUGUGUAAAGCAGUUUUUUAUGAGUUAGGGGUACACAUUCACAUUGGAUGGAAAUCCUGCCCACAAUUUUAUUGAGUUAAUCCAUUGAAUAAUUUUUUUGAGUAGAGACAUGUUUUGAUGUAGUCCAAAGCACAUGUGUAAGCGCUUUACCCCAUACUUUGCAUACGGUUCAACAUCAUAUAAUGAAUGAUCUGUGGUUUAUUUUGAGCUGAAACUUUACGGACACAUUUCGGGGAUACCAGAGACCCUUAAAUAACGAAAAACAAUCAAUAACACUUUAAGAGUGACAUUUAAAUGAAAUGCAUGUUAUGACCUGAGGUCAUAACAGCCUGAUAUCCUUGUCGAAUGAUAUAACAGAAAUCAUUGAAGUCUCUACAAGAUAAGAAAUCUUAGCUUUGAUGUGCUAUCAGCAUUGACUGUGGCUGCUUAUGUCUUCCCACAUAUACAAACAUAUCAAAGACUUAAGUCUUCAUUAGGUUAUUUCACAUGCAUUCAUUAAAUAGUUUGUUGUGUAUUAAUCACGUCUGAAAACUCUAUUCUAUUGUUUAACAUCUGUUUGUUGAUGACUUGUUUCUACUCAUACAUCAGAAUAAAUAAAGCAUUGCAAAUACACUGAUGCAUGCCAGUUUUUUUCUUUUCAGUGUGUGCGGUACCACAAACUAUAAAUAAACUAUCAACUACAUUAUUUGGUGCAGACUUGCAUAACUUUGUAUAUUGGUUAAUACAGUACGUCCUGCAAUAAGGAAGUCAUGUAAUCAUUCUUCUGAAAGUAAGCAAAAAUAGUACCGGAUCUGUCUACAAAAGCUGUGGGAUAUUGUGAAAUAUGUUCUCAGUUGUCAGCAGUGACAGAUUGAAAUCUUUCAACCUUUGAACAGAGCGAAUCCAGAGAUGGAGAAUCAGAGGCUUUCACAGAAUGAGAAUUUCAAUCCUGAUCACGUUGGUAGUGUGAAUGAAGCACAACUAGAUAUCCUGGGGCAGCACAGUGAAAUAGAGUCCCGGUCGGUGUGGGAAAAGCUAAGGACAGAAAUCUGGUGUUCGGGUCCAAGGUUAAAGAACUGUUUCCUGUCCAUUGUUCCUCUUUUGUCAUGGCUGCCACGAUACUCAUUCAGACAAAACGCUGUUGGAGAUCUGAUAUCAGGAGUCAGUGUGGGAAUCAUGCACCUGCCACAAGGGAUGGCUAAUGCUCUGCUGGCCGGAGUUCCUCCAGUGUUUGGUCUGUAUUCCUCCUUCUACCCCGUUCUUACCUAUUUUAUAUUUGGAACAACCAAACACAUCUCUGUAGGUGCUUUCUCUGUCCUCUCCAUCAUGGUUGGUACUGUGACAGGUGAUGCGGUGUUGCCAGGCAGCGGAGCAAAGAUGGAUGAGAGUGAAGCAGAAAACGCUAGGGUUGCAUUUGCAGCUCAAUUGACCAUUUUGUGUGGACUGAUGCAGAUUCUUCUAUAUGUGUUGCGUUGUGGAGGGGUGUGUCGCUGGUUGUCUCAGCCCUUGGUUAGUGGGUACACUACAGCAGCUGCUGUCCAUGUGACUGUUCACCAACUGCCUUUACUGAUGGGAAUCUCCAUUAUCAGAUACAGAGGCAUCUUCUCUGUGGUCUGGAUGUUUUCAAACAUUGUGUCUGGAAUGGGGAGUGUAUUGCCAGCAACACUGGUUGUUUCUAUUAUCUCUGUGGUGAUACUAGUUGGAGGAAAGAUGCUGAACUCGUGCUGGAGCACUCGAUUUCCCAUACCAUGGGAGUUAGUACUGAUUAUCUUUGCCACUCUAUCUUCAAUGCAGUUUGAUUUGUCUGGUCAGUAUGGAAUACAAAUCAUUGGAUCCAUACCAACCGGGCUUUCACCUCCUUCCCUUCCAUCGUUUUCUUUCUCUCAAGAAAUCUUAUUGUCAGCUCUUGCACUUGCAGUGGUGGGCUAUGGUUUCCAAGCUUCGUUGGGUAUGAUGUUUGCUCGUAGACAUGGGUACCCCUUUCACAGCAACCAGGAGCUGUUGGCAAUGGGUCUAUGUAAUUCAGUUGGAGGGGUAUUCCAGUGCUUUCCAGUGAGUGGCUCCAUGUCUCGUAGUAUGGUGCAGGAGAGCACAGGUGGACAAACUCAGGUCUCCUCUUUGGUGUCUGCGCUAAUAAUUCUGUUGAUUCUGGUGAAGUUUGGUCCCCUCUUUCAACUGCUACCAAAGACAGUUUUGGCUGUCAUUAUUCUGGUGAAUCUUCAAGGGGUUUUUGCACAAGUCAAAGAUUUACCUAAACUGUGGAAAACCGAUCGAUUGGACCUGGUUGUGUGGGUUGUUACUCUUCUCAGUGCUUUGGUGUUUAACCUGGAUCUCGGGCUUGGUGUUGCAAUUGCAUUUUCUCUCCUGACUGUCGUCUUCAGGAUGCAUCAGCCCAAAUCUGCUGUUCUUGGUCAUAUUGCAGGCACAGACUGUUACAGAGACCUGCAGAAAUAUUCAAAGGCACAGCAGAUCCCUGGAAUUACAGUUUUCUCCUGCUGUAAUCCGCUUUACUACGCCAAUGCAGACCAAACCUUCGCAUCACUCAGACAGGCUGUGUGUAAAGAUAUAGGGGAGAAUCCAGCAGGAAGAUCUCCAGAGCAACAUUCUCAGCACUGUGUCAUUCUGGAGCUCAGUGGAGUCACCUUCAUGGACUCGGUGGCCAUCUGUUCCCUUAAAGCAGUCGUUCGAGAUUUUGGGAACACUCAGACCACGUUUCUCUGUGCCGCUUGUCCAGAUGGUUUACUGUCCCAGAUGAGGAAUCAUAAUUUAGUUCCAGAAUUUCUGUCUCUUUCUUCAUUUUUCCCUUCAGUGCACCAUGCUCUUUUGUAUUACCAGGGACUACAGGUGUGUAUACAUUUAAAAUGCUGUGCUGUGAGUAUGUUUGUUUUCUGAUUUUCUUUUUCUGUUUUUAUUAUCUCUUUACAGAACACAGGCACGGAAGUUACUGAGCUAUGACCCUUAUCAGGUCCCCACUUCAUGAAUUUUGGUCUCAGAUAAGCAAAAUAUUUAACAUUAAAGGUUAACCUUGAACUCAUGUGAAUAUGACCUAUUGUUUUAAUAAGCAAUAGCUACAGCAAUAAACUAGUUAGGGAUGUAACGAUUCAAUCGCGGUCCCCAUUUAAAAUGGGGUCUGAAAUCAAUUCUGAAUCGCAAGGCUACGAUACGAUUCUUUGUUUCAUGCACAGCUUGUGCGUGUACUAUGGCAUUUGGUCAGUAGGAAGUCCUUAUCAAUCUAAAAUCAUUAUGAGUCGGAGUCGUUUAUAACGUGCAUUUAAAAAAGCAACACUCUUUAAAUAAAAAUCAUUCAAAAUAUUUUUUAUUAUCAUGAAAAUACCUGCAACAAUUUGAAGAACAGCGUAUAAAUAUUACUGUAGAUAUUUCCUGAAAUAGCAUUUGUAAUAGGGGUGUAACGAUUAACCGUGCAAAUGCGUGUUUUCUCAAUGAAUGAAUUUGAAUGAAUUACGGUGAAAUCCCGGCACAUCCAAAAGCCAAGGGGCACUCGUGCAGAAACUCCCUUUGUACCAGAGAAGAAGUAGCAUUACAAACGCAAUUCCAGGAAAUGUCUACAGGAAUAUU